AUGGCGGAAUCCGAUCUCAAGCCGUUGAGGCGCCACGAUUACCAUGUGGCCUGGAUAUGCCCUGGAGACGAUGUCGCGCUCGAUCCGGCUCGCCUGCUGUUCGAUGAGGAACACCCAAGGCCCGAGUUUGACGCCGACUACGAUGACAACACGUACUACUUUGGCACGAUGGGUGGUCAUAACGUCGUUCUUGCUACCACAUCUCCUGGCAUGAGGGGCAACGUCAACGCCAGUCGCCUUACGAGCCCCAUGUUCAAGACUUUCCCAAAUAUCAAAAUGACGAUGGUUGUGGGGAUAGGCGGUGGUGUUCCCAGCGAAAGCCCUGCCGAUGACGCACUCAAAGACAUUCAUCUGGGAGACGUCAUUGUGGGAUGGCCAGGCGAUGGGAAGCCGGCAGUCGUAUACUAUGAAUCAGGAAGAUCCCUUGUUGACGGCUUUGAGCAGCUGGGUCAGGUAGACAAGCCAGACUGGGUUCUCUUGCAGGCGCUUGCUAAGAUCAAGUCCGAUCACCGAUUCGACACCAUAAAACCAACUCCUCGACCUAGAACAGGCUUCAGGGCCAACUUGAACAAUCUGCAGCAAUACGACCCUCAAUACGCAUACCCAGGCUACCAGCACGACAAGUUGUUUCGAUCCGGCUACAAUCACCAGGGACAGAAGGAGGACUGUGCAGACUGCGCGAGUGGCGAGUUGAUCGAUCGCAAACCACGGGAGGAAAGGCAUCAAGGCCAACUAGUUUUCCAUCAAGGGAGAAUUGGCACUGGCAACUCCGUGAUCUUGGAUGGGCAGUUGAGAGACCAGAUCAGUCGGGAAAACGGCGGCCUUCAGUGCAUUGAAAUGUCUGCAGCAGGCGUCGACGCCAGCAGGAACUGCCUUGUCAUCCGGGGUAUCUCCGAUUAUUGCGACUCACACAAGGGAAGCGCCUGGAAACAUUACGCUGCGGCUAGUGCGGCUGUAUUUGGCCGAGAACUCCUCAGUGCAGUCCAGCCCAAGAAAGUGACAGGCAUGGAAGUGGGUGGUACGAAAGUGAGCGACAUGAAAAUUGAUCAUUUCAUGGUUCCCCUUGGCCGGAAUGAUGGCUUUGUCGAGAGACAGGAUAUCGUACCGAACCUUCUCGAGAGAGUCCUCCCCAGUUCAAACAGGGACGACUGCCAAAGGAACGCUAUAGAAGGCCUCGGUGGUAUCGGCAAGACACAGAUAGCACUGGAGCUCGCGUAUCGCGCACGUACAGAGACCUCUGUCUUUUGGAUACCGGCGAUGAGUCAAGCUAGUUUCGACAAUGCAGUACGCGGAAUAGGAAGACUCCUCAACGUGCCCGGGAUGGAGGACGAUCAAGCGAAUCAUAAGGAUCUGGUCAAGGCCGCUCUCGAAAAGACUACCGAUGAUUGGAUUCUGAUCAUUGAUAACGCUGAUGAUAUGAACUUAUGUUUCGAUAAAGAUGACGGUCUUCGGCUGAGUCAAUGGCUUCCCUUCAACCGGAACGGGUCUAUCCUGUUCACGACUAGGGACCACGAGGUACCCUCCCGACUCGACAUUUCUUCAAACUGUGUCGUGAAGUUGGCAGAGAUGAGCAAGGACGAAGCGAUCGAUCUUUUGAAGACACGCCUGGAUGAAACUCAGUUACGCGAUGUCCAAAGCACAAAUACUUUGAUAGACCGUCUUGCCUAUCUGCCUUUAGCAAUCAAGCAAGCAUCCGCAUACAUGGCACAAACAGGAGAUUCAACGAGCACAUAUCUCCGAUACCACCGCGAGUCGAAUCAAGAACAAAUUGAGCUACUCAGUCGCGAUUUUGAGGAUCAAGGCCGUUAUCCAGGAACCAAGAAUGCAAUCACUACGACUUGGCUCAUCUCAUUUGAACAUGUCUCACGGAAACAUCCUUUGGCAAUCCAGUAUUUGGAGUUCAUUUGCUUCCUUGCACAAAAGGAUAUACCGAAAUCCCUGUUGCCACCAGCAAGCACUGAGAGGGAACAGAACGAGGCUGUUGCCACACUUCAAGGAUACGCAUUCAUCACCAGGCGGGACCAUGGGAAUUCUUUUGAUAUCCACCGCCUCGUACAAUUAGCCAUGCGCAAUCACUUGCAAGGAGAACGCCUGAGGGAAACAACUACCAUUACGAUCCAACAUCUGUCAAAAGUAUACCCAUUUCCCAAGCAUGAAAAUCGAAGCCUGUGGAUGCAGUAUAUGCCGCACGUUAUGGCCGCUGCAGAGGUCUGCAGAGAAGCAGGGGACAAGCACGCUACAAUCACAUUUCUACACUGUGUUGCAGAAACUUACAGAAGAACCAGCAAAUACAAGCAAGCUGAACACCUAUUUCAGCAGGAGCUCGAGCUUGCGGAAGAGAUGUACAGCCAAAGACACCCCGAAACACUGGCCUGUAUGUAUUGCCUUGCCAUUUCAAUUUCCCGCCAAGGGAGAUAUGGCGAAGCAGAGGAGAUGCACCGGCAGAGAAUAAAAAUUGAAGAAGAAGUGCUAGGUAAACAGCACCGCGCUACGCUUGCCAGUAGGCUUGAGUUCGCCCAGUCAAUAUACAGGCAAGGGAGAUAUGGCGAGGCAGAGCAAUUGUAUCGAAAUAUGUUGAAAGUUUAUCAAGAGGUGCUGGGUAAACAGCACUCACAUACACUUACCUGCAUGCAAGAACUCACGAAAACAAUUCAUGCCCAAGGACGAUAUAGCGAAGCAGAGCAGAUGCAUCGAAAUACAUUGAAAAUUCAUCAAGAGGUAUCGGGUCAACAGCACCGACAUACACUUACCUGCAUGCAAGAACUGGCGAGAUCAAUUCAUCAUCAAGGGCGAUAUAGCGAAGCAGAGCAGAUGCAUCGAGAGAUAUUAGAAGUUCGUCAAGAGGUGUCGGGUCAACAGCACCCACAUACACUUACCUGCAUGCAAGAACUGGCGAGAUCAAUUCAUGACCAAGGGCGAUAUAGCGAAGCAGAGCAGAUGCAUCGAGAAAUAUCAGAAGUUCGUCAAAAGGUGUUGGGUCAACAGCACCCCGAUACGCUUAACACCAUGCAUUGGUUGGCUGUCGCAUUAGACAGACAAGAGAAAUGGGGCGAAGCAGAGCAGACAUAUCGACAGGCACUCGCGCUUAUGGAGAAGGCACUGGGCCCGGAGCACGACAGAACGAUAGGAUGCAAGAAAAACCUCCAGAAGUGCUUGGAAUCGUCAGGGAAGAGCAGCACUACAGACUGCCGCGAAACACAGAAAGAUUUCCCAGAACACGAGGAUACUAGAGAAACUGAGCAGCAGGGGCAGAGACAAGGAAGAAAACGGGUUCACAAGCGACGCGCGAAAAGGGUGAAGACAGGCAAUUAA